AUGUCCAGCACUUUAAACUUUAGUUAAAUUCUUAAUAAUCACUUGAAUAGUAAGAAUAAUUAAGAUUCCUAGAUAUUAUGAAUCCUUAAAGUUUCAUUUAACCUUUUAACUUAUAAUAGCUAUAAAGAAAUGGUACAGCGACUAAUGGAAAUGAGAAUGAAAUGAAUAUAGAAAAUUUUGUAAAUUUCUUAAUAAUAUUUUAGAUUCCAAAUAACAUUUCAAGUUAAAAUGGAAACGAUUAAAACAUUGUAGCUCUAUAGACAAUCAAGUCUGAAUAUAAUAGAGAUUCUCCACAUUUAAAGAUUAAUGUUUACAAAUAACAUCAAUAGACUAAUUAAAAAACAUAUAUACUUCAAGAUGACAAGUAAUGUUUCUCAUUUAUAGUUAGAAUCAUAGGGGGUAAUUAAAUUCACAAAAAUGAAAUCUAAAUAAUAAGAAGAAGGAAAACUUCAAGAUCUAGUGAAAAUAAUUUGGAUAUUGGUAGAAAAUUGAAUAAAUUUUAAGGCCUCACUCCUAUAGAAUCUAAUAUUGAUUAAGUCCCUUGUAAAAUUUCAACAGAAUUUGGAUUUAAAUAUUCUAGUAGAAUAACUCCUUAGAUCCUAGUAUUUCUUUCAUUGAAAUAGUUCAAUUCUAAUUUUGCUGCUUUGCCAUCAAAUGUAUUCAAACUUAUUCAUCAAUUUAUUAAGUAAGUUGAUUUUUUAUUUUUUAGAGAACAACCAAAAUUUUAUAUUUAAGAUUGUGGAACAUCACUUAAAACCUUAGUUAGAAUUUAAAAAGAUAAUCCAAGAAUAAUGAAUGAAAAUAAUAAAUACUUAAUUGGAGCUGAUUUCUACUUUCAUGUUGUUUAGUUAAGCACUUAUAAUUUAAAAUUUGAAGAUAAAAGAUAAUAAGAAACAAAUACUGAUUAUUUUUAUUAAACUCUUGUUAGAGAACAUACUAGAGAUAGAGCCAGAAUACAUGGAUUAUCAAAAGAAGAAUAAGAUAUAUUUUAAAGUAUAGAUAUUUGAUAUAAAAUGCUAGAAUAUUUAUAAAAUUAUAUUUAAAUGAAGAAAAAAGGAAGAAAAUAAUAUAGUUUAGAAAAUUGCAAUCGUCCUUUUCUAAAAAUAUAAUUUGAUACUCCUAUAGUAAAAUAGAUGGCUAUUUUUAUUGCAAGACCAGGAGGAUCAAAAAUAUUUAAAAUAGGAAGGUCUUAGGAUUGUGAUAUUAUUGUUAAUAUGAAUACAGUUUCUAGAAAGCAAACAUAAAUUAAGUUUAACGUAAAUUAAUGGGAAAUAUGUGAUGGAGAAGGAAUAAAACAAUCUGCUAAUGGUACUUGGUAGUCAUUAUAAUAAUAUGAAAAUCCAUUAAAUCCAACAUAAUAAAAAAUAAGUCAACCAUUAAGAAUAGAAGACAAAAUGGAAAUAAAAAUUAGUGAAAAUAUAUUUAGAUUUGAUAUGGUAGGAUUUGGUAUUUAAAAAAGGUAAUAUAUUAAAAUUAUAUCUUUUAGAAUAAAAUUAAAUAAUUAAUUAUAUAAAGACCUAACUAAUAUUGAUUUAUUUUGA